AUGGCUGUGUCCUGGAGGAGCUGGCUGGCCAACGAAGGGGUUAAACACCUCUGCCUGUUUGUCUGGCUCUCCCUGAAUGUUUUGCUUUUCUGGAAAACCUUCCUGCUGUAUAACCAAGGGCCAGAGUAUCACUACCUCCACCAGAUGUUAGGGCUAGGAUUGUGUCUAAGCAGAGCCUCCGCAUCUGUUCUUAACCUCAACUGCAGCCUUAUCCUUCUACCCAUGUGCCGGACACUCCUGGCCUACCUUCGAGGAUCCCAGAAGGUUCCAAGCAGGAGAACCAGAAGACUGUUGGAUAAAAGCAGAACAUUCCAUAUAACCUGUGGUGUUACUAUCUGCAUUUUUUCAGGUGUGCACGUGGCUGCCCAUCUGGUGAACGCCCUCAAUUUCUCAGUGAACUACAGUGAAGAUUUCGUGGAACUGAAUGCUGCAAGAUACCGAGAUGAGGAUCCUAGAAAACUUCUCUUCACAACUGUUCCUGGCCUGACAGGGGUCUGCAUGGUGCUGGUGCUCUUCCUGAUGAUUACAGCUUCUACAUACGCAAUACGAGUUUCUAAUUAUGACAUCUUCUGGUAUACUCAUAAUCUCUUCUUUGUCUUCUACAUGCUGCUGAUGUUGCAUGUUUCAGGAGGGCUGCUGAAGUAUCAAACUAAUUUAGAUACCCACCCUCCUGGCUGCAUCAAUCUUAAUGGAACCCACUACCAGAAUAUUCAUUUACAAGAUUAUCUCUCAGAACAUUUUCGUGAAUCUUUUCCUGAAGGAUUUGCAAAGCCAGAUGAACUUACCCAAAAGAGAUUUGUGAAGAUUUGUAUGGAAGAGCCCAGGUUCCAAGCUAAUUUUCCACAGACUUGGCUUUGGAUUUCUGGACCUUUGUGCCUGUAUUGUGCUGAAAGACUUUACAGGUGUAUCCGGAGCAAUAAGCCAGUCACCAUCAUCUCGGUCAUACGUCAUCCCUCAGAUGUCAUGGAAAUCCGAAUGGUCAAAGAAAAUUUUAAAGCGAGACCUGGCCAGUAUAUCAUUCUACAUUGUCCCAGUGUGUCUGCGUUAGAAAACCAUCCAUUUACCCUCACAAUGUGUCCUACUAAAACCAAAGCAACAUUUGGUGUCCACCUCAAAAUAGUAGGAGACUGGACAGAACGAUUUCGAGACUUACUACUUCCUCCAUCUAGUCAAGACUCUGAGAUUCUACCCUUCAUUCAAUCUAGAAAUUAUCCCAAGCUGUACAUUGAUGGUCCAUUUGGAAGUCCAUUUGAGGAAUCCUUGAACUACGAGGUUAGCCUCUGUGUGGCCGGAGGCAUUGGAGUAACUCCAUUUGCAUCAAUACUCAACACCCUGCUGGAUGACUGGGAACCGUACAAGCUCAGAAGACUAUAUUUUAUUUGGGUGUGCAGAGACAUCCAGUCCUUCCGUUGGUUUGCAGACUUACUCUGUGUGUUACAUAACAAGUUUUGGCAAGAGAACAGACCUGACUAUGUCAACAUCCAGCUGUACCUCAGUCAAACAGAUGGGAUACAGAAGAUAAUUGGAGAAAAAUACCAAGCACUGAAUUCAAGACUUUUUAUUGGACGUCCUCGGUGGAAACUUCUGUUUGAUGAAAUAGCAAAAUGUAACAGAGGGAAAACAGUUGGUGUUUUCUGCUGUGGACCCAGUUCAAUUUCUAAGACCCUUCAUAAACUGAGUAACCGAAACAAUUCAUAUGGGACAAGAUUUGAAUACAAUAAAGAAUCUUUCAGCUGA